GAAGUGCAUUUUCAGGAAAUGGUCGUUGUCGUUUUCUGUUCGUUUGUUGAAGUGUUAAACUCUAAAUACAGGGGGUUGAAUGCAGAAGCUGACGGGACAAAAAUGCAUUAAGCCAAACACGCUAACUUAGCGUGUUCGCCACUGAUGUUGGAUUCCGAAAACAACAUCCCGCUGUUUCGUCUUUGAACUGAGUGAGUUGUGUCCUCGUGAGUGUUAGCAUUUAAAGCUAGCUCAAAGCUAAUCAGACGGCGAGCGUUCACAGCAUUUUCCCCGAUAAAAAACAUUUCAGUAGACCGUACUCAAGUGGAGUUUUACGCAGCUGGACUUUUACAUCAGUGAGUACAGCAAAUAAUGGGCUCUUCAAAGAAACACAAGGAAAAGAGUCGCGACAAGGACGCAGAAGAGCGCCGUCGAGAACAUAAGAAGCAUAGGCACAAGGAACGAGAGCGGGACAGAGACGGCUCAGAUCGAGAUGGAACUCGGGAUAAACGAAAGCGCUCCAGAUCCAGAGAAAAGGGCGGACGAGAUAAUCGAGGCAAAGGCGAGAGAAGCAGCGGGGAGCCUCGCGUCAAGAGGGAGAGAGUGGAUGUUGGGUAUGAGGAAAGCAGCGCCGCGGUGCACCCCCAGAGUGCGAGCGGAGACGCGUCUCUCAGCAUCGAGGAAACAAACAAACUCCGAGCCAAGCUGGGCCUGAAGCCUCUGGACCUAAAUGAGAACAAGAAAGAGCUUGGCACCAAAGAGGAGCCUGUGGUGGCAGAAACCAUCAACCCCGUUGUCAUUCAGCAACAAAAAGAGAUGAGAGAGAAGCUCGCAGCCAUGAAAGAAAAACGCUUGCUCAAUCAGAAGCUGGGGAAGGUCAAAACUCUCGGCGAGGAUGACUGGUUGGACAGCACGACUGCUUGGAUUGCGAGGAGCAGAAAACUGGAAAAAGAAAAAGAGAUGGCAGAGAAAAGAGCCAAGCUCCUCCAAGAGAUGGAUGAAGAGUUUGGCGUCAGCAGCCUGGUAGAGGAGGAGUUUGCUCAGAGUAAACUGGAAUCUUAUUCUUCCCGAGAUCUGAAAGGCCUCAAAGUGCAGCACCAAGUCGAGUCCUUCAAGGAGGGCCGUACUACUAUCCUGACUCUCCAAGACAAAGGUGUGCUUGAAGAGGAGGAAGAUGUGCUCGUAAACGUGGAAAUAGUGGACAAGGAGAAAGCUGAUAAAAACGUGGAGUUAAAGAAGAAAAAGCCUGACUACAAGCCCUACGAAGAAGAGGAGAGCGUGGAUGACAUGGUUACGUUUAAAUCCCGCUCGGUGCUGUCGAAGUACGAUGAAGAAAUCGAAGGUGAAAAGAAAAAGAGCUUCAGAUUGAGCACGUGGGGCUUUGCCGAUGGAGAGCGAGAACGAGAGCUCCAGGCCAUGAAAGAAACACUGCGAAACCAGGCCCAGUCUUUGGAAAUGCCUGCUCUGACUAUUGCUUCAGAGUAUUACAGCCCUCAGGAAAUGGUCGGCUUUAAAAAGACAAAACGUCGCGUGAAGAAGAUCAGGAAGAAGGAGAAGAUGCCAACAGUUGCAGAGGAGCUCCUUGAUGACACCCGCAGCUCUGAUUUUGGCUCCAGAACACGCGGCCGCGGCCGCAAACAGGCGAWUGAUGCUGAUGAUAACAACGACGGAGAGACGGUGGGCGAGUACGACAGAUGGCCACAUGAAAUCCCUCAAAUGUCCGAUGACGUGAGGACGGCAGAGAUGGAUAUAAGCGAUGAAGAUGAUUUUGAACCUCCGGAGUCAGCUGUGAUCGAGGAGGAUGAGGCAGAGCAGGAGCUGCAGAAACAGCUGGAGAAACAGAGGAAGCUGAGACAAAAGAAGCUUCUCAAAGACUCUGGGGAGAAGGUGGCAGAACAGAUCAGGGGCUUUGUCAAAGGUGAGGACGAAAACGAUCCUGAAAAGAGAAGCAACAUCGUCUUCAAUGCCACCUCAGAGUUUUGCAGAACUCUGGGUGAUAUUCCAACUUAUGGACUGUCUGGCAACAGGGAGGACCAAGAGGAUAUCAUGGACUUUGAUCAGGAAGAAGAGAAAGAUGAUGCUGGAGAUUUAGACUCCGAAACAGAUGAGAAUGUUGGAUGGAGCACAGUUAAUCUGGAUGAGGAGCAGCAACAGGCCGAUUUGUCCACCGCCUCUGCCACAAUUUUGGACGAGGAGCCCAUUGUCAACUCCGGCCUUGCAGCUGCGUUGCUACUUUGCAAAAAUAAAGGUCUCCUGGACACUCAAAUGCAAAAAGUAGCUCGUGUUAAAGCCACAAAAGGCUCUCUGCCUAAUGACAACUACUGCAUCGAGGACAAGAUGGGCUUUGAYGACAAGUACAGCCGCCGGGAGGAAUACAGAGGUUUCACCCAGGAGUUCAAGGAAAAGGACAGCUACAAGCCUGAUGUCAAGAUCGAGUACGUAGAUGAAUCUGGGCGGAAACUCACCCCAAAAGAGGCUUUCAGGCAGCUGUCUCACCGCUUCCAUGGAAAAGGCUCUGGAAAGAUGAAGACCGAAAAGAGGAUGAAAAAGCUGGAGGAAGAGGCGCUGCUGAAGAAGAUGAGCAGCAGUGAUACUCCUCUUGGGACGGUGGCUUUGCUCCAAGAAAAACAGAAAUCUCAGAAAACACCGUACAUUGUGCUCAGUGGGAGUGGGAAGAGUAUGAAUGCAAACACCAUCACUAAAURAAUAAAUACUGAGGGCAAAUAUUCUGUGUGUAGUGCAAAGACAAACAUGCGUAUAGUCAUAGAAAUAUUGCUACAGUUUCUUUUCUUUUUUUGUUGAUUUAAUUAGCAAUAUAACGAUGUAAGAAUUGGUCAAUAAAAAUUGUGCAUGUAUAAAAUCAGUUAUCCUGUAAAUUUGUUAACAGUAAUUACAAAAGCAAUUUUUUUUUGAAGAGCUUUACAUGUUGCAUUCAGUGGUUUGAAUUUUACCUUGAAAAGUUAAAACUUCAUAUUAGAAAAUGGGUUACUGAUCUAAAUGUUCAUUGCAUACAUAAUUACAACUUUAGGAUCUAAGUAAAAUUGAGCAAAACAUUGAAGAUUAAUGGCAGCCUGUUUUUCAAAAUUUAGAACUGGAAUAAAGAUAAUGGGAUUUUUUUUUAAUGCUGAUUAGAUUCUGUUUUAUAUCAGUUUUGCUGAAUACAACUGUUAACUGUUAUCUGCACAAGGUUGAAAGCAUUUUAUGUCAGCCUUGAGAUACACAAGCGUUUAGGAAAUGCAACAAAAUUAGUUGAAAUGACAUGUCAUUUUUAAUUGUUGAAAAGUUAUUUAUCUGUCCUUCCAUUCUGAAUAAAAUCAUUUUACCUGUGA